AUGAAUGGAAAUCAUUUAACGAUACAAGAAGCUUGGUCGGAAAUAAUUAAAAUGUCGCAGAAUAAAAAUCCAAUUGCAUUUACGCUUGAUCAGUUCAAUAUUGGGCCUACUGUCGAGCGUAAUUGCUUUGGAACUGUUGUGGACGUCACAACAGUAAAAAAUGGAGAGUCAUUAAGCCUUGCUUUUAUUUUAAAUCUUUUUAUUGAUAGAAAAAAUAUUGCAGAUCCAAAUAAAUUCGCAGAAAAAAUACAACAACUAACACAGCUAAGUCAUCCUGCACUGAUUAAAGUGAUUGGUAUUGUUUUUCCAGGCGAAAAAAAUCGACUUCAUCAUGCAAUUGUUAGGGAAAAUAACUAUAUUUGUGAUCUCAGUAGCAUAUUUGAAAAGGACUUUAUCCAUUUUAAGGAAGUAGAAUGGGAUAACACUCGAAAAUCAAUUACAAUCAUCGGAUUAGCGGCAGCAUUACGAUAUUUGCAUGAAAAAGGACUAUAUCAUCUAUUUUUAGUACCAUGGCAUAUUCUUUUUGACUCCAAAUUCGAACCAAUUCUUGAUGGAUUUUAUCUUUCAAGUUCUGUCGCACAUAAUCAGCUUUAUCCUGAAACAACAGGUUACGAUUCAUAUAUACCUAAAGAAGAUAUCUCAGAAAAGUUCGAUGUUUACUCAUUUGGAGCGAUAGUUUUCGAAAUUUUAGUUGGACACACGUACAAGGCAAAAUCCUUUCCAGCGAACUUCCCCAAUAAAUGGGCCAUACUUAUUGUCAAGUGUUUACAGAAAAAUCCAGCGGAGAGACCUACAAUUGAUCAAAUUUGCAGAGAAAUCAACGCUGGAGUAUUCAUUGAUGGCGAUAUCAAGGCAAUAGCAGACUACAAGCAGCGUGUGAACCUUGUUUCCCUUGAAAAUCCACCUCCUUCUCCUAAGAUUGAAGAAAAAAUCGACACAAACGAUGCAAAAGAGCUUUACAAGCUAGCAAUGCAACUAGACCAGUCUCCAACAGAUAAUCCGGCCAAACGCGAUAAGAAAUGCACACUUUUACUGCUAAAAGCCGGUCAAUUAGGUUCAACAGACGCUCAGUUCGCAAUUGCAGCCAGAUUUCUUGAAGGUAAAGGCGUGCAGCGUAAUCCCCACCACGCGGAGAGGUUCUUUACUCUUGCGGCCGAAGGAGGAAAUACGAUGGCCAUGAGCGCUUUGGCUAGGAUCAGAGCUGCAGCGGGAAGAAGUCAAGAGUGCAUAGAUUUGUUAACAAUGGCAGGAGAAAAAGAUAUGGAAGCGCGUGUAGAUUUGGCGGAAUAUUUAAUGAUUAGCGACCCACAAAGGGCCAUUGAGCUCCUAAAGUCAUCGGAGACACCUAGAGCCAAACUAAUACUCGCAAAGAUGGCUUACAACGAUAUAUUAGGAGGACACGAGGAUGGAUUAGCGAUGUUGAAGAUAUGUGCUGACGAUGGAUUAUCGGAUGCACAGUACGAGUAUGCUCUAGCAUUGGCUGACUCAAGGAGAUUCACAGAAGCAAGCCAAUACUUAAGAUUGGCUGCAAAUGCAGGUCAUGCCGGUGCAGUCUAUCAUCUGGCCAAAUUGGAAGGAAAUAAUCGUAAUGUUUUGGAAGCAGCGGAGAUGGGAUGUGUAGAGGCGAUGCUCGAUGCCGCUGAGAUGUCCAAAUCAAUUGAAGAGCGAUCGAGGUAUUUAAGAGGAGCUGCUCUGAGGGGAUCACCGAUCGCUAAGUAUAAACUCGGAAAAAUGAUGUUUGACGGAGUAAUGACUAGGAAUAUGAAAGAUGGAGUUUCAUUAAUGAAAGCAGCAGCUGAUUCAGGACUUAUUGAAGCUGCCAAAGACGUAGCUAAUGCAUAUAGAUAUGGUAUUGGCGUUCCUCAGAAUAUCGAGAUCGCGGAAGCAUACGAAAAGAUGUGCCAACCACAAACUACAGCAACUGAAGCUUCUCAGUAA